UCAUAUUACCAAAUUACGGGAGGCAUAUGGUUUUCUUUCACCCUUAAUUAUUUGAAUUUGAAGUUACGAUUCAAUCGACUCCACAGCCUAAAUAUUCAUCUUCCUCCGUCUUCUUUCAUUCUUUCUGCCAAAAAUGGAUUCUUUGUUAGCCAACUACGCUUCUUCAGACGACGACGAAGAGCAACCACAACAACAAACCACGUCCUCCUUCGUUUCAACUCUUCCCAAACCUAAUUCUUCCUCUCUCUUCAUUUCUCUCCCCCAACCCCACAAAAACCCCAUCUCCAAAACCCCAAUUCCACCCAAACCCACUUCUGAUUCCGGCAAUUCCUCCUUUUUCUCUUCACUUCCGCAACCCAAAUCUCUGAACUCACAACCGCCCGAAAAAUUUACCAAAAGGGUUGUGCGAAUCAUCCCUACGAUUAAGUCAAACGAUUUUGAUGAAGACGACGAAGAUGAAGAAGAGGAGAAACAACGAAAGAAGCGGAAAGAGUCCCAAAUCUUGAAUCGAGAUUCUUCAGUGAAGUCUUUUUUGUCGAGCAUUCCGGCUCCCAAGAGUUCUGCAACAUUGGGGGUUCUUCAUGCUAAUCAGGGUUCUGGACGAAGAUCCAUUAUCGAAACGGAAGCUCCUGCUGCAAGUUCAAGCGGUUUAGAUUCUAUGAAUGAAUCGAGUGCGAAAAGAAAUGAGGUUAGUUAUGCGAGUUAUGAAUUGAGUACUGAUCAAAAUGAAAUAGAUUAUGCAAAUCAGUAUCCAAGUGCAGGAAAUUGUGCGAGUAAUGAAAUUGUUAGUGAUCAUAAUACUGUAGAUUAUCCAAAUCAUUAUCAAAAUGAAGAAAACUAUGCGAGUGGUAAUGUAGGUAGUGAUCAGAAUGUAGGAAAUUACGAGAAUUGUGUUGGUUAUGAAUCUGGUAUUGACCCGAAUGUGCAUGGUAUCCAUGAUUCGAGCUAUGUGAAUUAUGGGAGUGAUAAUGGCCUCGAAGAUUACAGGCAAUUUGGGUUGGGGGCAAUGGUGCAACAGACAGAUGGUUUUAGAGUGCCAAGGAAGAGAGCUAAAAAUGAGAUUCCAAUUGAGAUAGUUGAGGUAAAGCAAGAGGAGUUGAUGAAGGAUCGGCCACGUGAGGACCAGGUCAAGUUAACUGGAAAAGCAUUUGGACCUUCUUAUCUGCCUGUUUCAACAAAGGGGAAGCCUUCAAAGCUGCACAAGAGGAAGCAUCAAAUUGGUUCAUUGUAUUUUGAUAUGAAGCAGAACGAAAUGGAACUAGCAGAACGGCGAGCAAGAGGACUUCAGACUAAAUCACAAACACAAGGCAAAUAUGGAUGGUGAAAAUAAAGAUGAUUUUUUCCUGUCUUUUGUAAUUGAAAACAGUGGCAACAUCAGCCUUUGUAAAACACUAGUUUUUUGUCUUGUAGUUUGUCCGGAAGUACAUUUUCCUCCAUAUCGUUAUACCUGUGACCUACAAUGCCAAAUUUAUUUUUGCUCCA